AUGAUAACAUCCUUAAUAUUAAUUCCUAUAAUUGGUUCAUUAAUUUUAUUACCUAUGGAUAAUACCCUAAAAAGUGAAAAUGAGAUGAAAAAAAUAGCAUUGAUAACUUCUUUAAUUAAUUUUUUCAUUUCUUUAUUUAUUUGGUAUAAUUUUGAUUCAAAUACAACACAAUAUCAAUUUGUAUCAGAAUUUAAUAGUCCUUAUUUACAAUUUUGUCAUUUAAAUUUUGGAAUAGAUGGAAUAUCAUUAUAUUUUGUAUUAUUAACGACAUUUAUAAGUCCAAUUGCGAUAUUAUCAAAUUAUAAUUUAAGUUUUAUAACAAAUGAUGGUGAAAAAACAACAACUGGGAAUAAAUUAAAAUUAUUUUUAAUCUCUUUCUUAAUCUUAGAAAGUUUACAAAUAUGUGCUUUUGUAUCAUUAGAUUUAUUAUUAUUUUAUAUUUUUUUUGAAAGUGUUUUACCUAUUUUAUUUGUUAUUAUAAUUAUUUUUGGACAUGGAUUUGAUAGAUUUAGAUCUGCUUUUUUAUUAUUUUUAUAUACUUUAGCAGGAAGUUUACCUAUGUUAUUAAGUAUAUUAAUGAUUUAUAGUUAUAUAGGAUCUACAGAUUUUCAAUUAAUAUCUCUUCCAGAAUAUGAAAUUAGUUUAUCAAGUCAAAAAUUAUUAUGGUUAGGAUUUUUUAUAGCUUUUGCAGUUAAAACUCCUUUAUAUCCAUUUAUUAUUUGGUUACCUAAAGCUCAUAGUGAUUCACCUUUAGCAGGAUCUAUAUUAUUAGCAGCAACAAUAUUAAAAUUAGCAACAUAUGGUUAUUUAAGAGUUUUAAUACAAAUAUUACCAGAUGCAACUCAUUAUUUUAGUCCUUUAGUACAAAGUAUUGCUAUUAUAUCUUUAAUUUAUGCUAGUUUCUCUACUAUUAUUCAACAAGAUACUAAAAGAUUAAUUGCAUAUAGUAGUGUAUGUCAUAUGGCUGUAGUAGUUUUAGGUUUAUUUUCUAAUACAAUACAAGGAAUUGAAGGUGCUAUUUUAUUAGCUAUUGCUCAUGGAUUUGUAAGUCCAGCUUUAUUUAUAUGUGUAGGUGGUAUUAUUUAUGAAAGAACAGGUACAAGAGUUAUUAAAUACAUAAGAGGUUUAGUAACUUAUAUGCCUGUAUUUACUAUUUUAUUCUUUAUUUUUACAUUAGCUAAUACAGGGAUACCUUUAUCAUUAAAUUUCUUAGGGGAACAACUUUCAUUAUUAGGAAUUUGGCAAGUUAAUCCUAUUAUAGCAGCUUUAGGUGCUACAGGUAUAAUAUUCUCUGCAAUAUAUUCAAUAUUCCUUUAUAAUAGAUUAUCUUAUGGAAAUUACUCUCCUCAUAUGGUAAAAAUAGUUAAAGAUAUUAAUAGAAGAGAAUAUUAUUUAUUAAUAGCUUUAUUAAUACCAACAGUAUUAUUAGGUAUUAUACCUAAUGUAAUAUUAGAUUGUUUACACUUAUCAGUUUCAUCAUUAUUAUAUAUAAUAUCUUAA